GCCGUACGCGCCACACGCUACUAGCUAACGCGCUGAACUCUGUCAUGCCACGCGAGUCGCGAUGUCGUUUCCACGUGAAUAUUUAUGAUGUGAUCGACCAAUUCGCUCCCUCAUAAAUGGCACUGCCGACCUCAAUGUAUCAUAACUACUCGCAUAUGACCGUAAAAUGCUAAUAAAACGAACUGUUGUGAAAAGACUCGAGCACCGAACUUUUAAUCGAAUAAUAGUGUACGUGUUGUUCUUCUACCAUGUCAUCGAGAGGUACUCCGCAGCCGAAAUGCCGCACGAGUGCGUGUAUCGCAGCUUCGAAGCGGAAACGUCGGAGAACGCGGUUCUUUUCUGCAAAAUCCGAACCAUAAGCAGUUUAGACCACCUGUUACAAAAUGUUAGUAGGACGUAUUUCGACGACGUGAUAUCGUUACACGUUCAGUGCAGUGAAAUUUUAUUUUUCGAGAGCACGUUGACCGCUCAUGCUGAAAAAUCUUCAGGAAAACAUACAAGUUUAUCAAAGCUGCGAGAUCUCGUCAUCGACAAAUGCAAGAUACGCCAGAUACCGGCGCGAGCUUUUGAAAACUUCAACGACCUGAAACGUCUGCACGUGACGACCCACAACAGCGAAUGGUCGGCGAUGACUAUGGAGUUACACGAACAAGCCUUCGCGGGCUUGAACGAGUUAAUUGAACUCGAUUUAAGUGACAACAACAUCUGGAGUACUAAGACGGAGACUUUCUGCCCGUUGUAUAGUUUGAAAACUUUGAACCUGACUAAUAAUCACUUGCAAAACAUAAAGACUAUUGGGUUAUCCGACUCAACAAGAGAACAAAACUUAAGCGUAAGAAGUUGUAAUUUAGUCAUAGAAGUUCUUGAUGUGUCGUAUAAUGACUUAAUAGUUUUAACUGAUAAUAGUUUGUCUAAGUUACGUUCACUAUCGAAGUUGUUAUUACAAAAUAAUGCAAUAUCUACCCUAGAAGAUGGUGCCUUUGAAGGAUUGCUCAGUUUGCAGGUUUUAAAUUUAUCAAGUAACUUUUUGAGUGAUAUUCCUCCUGAACUGUUUUCUGACUCAAAAUCCUUGAAGGAUAUUAACUUUAGCAAUAACACCAUUGAAACUUUGCCACCGGGGCUCUUUGAAGGAUUAGAUCAGUUACAGAUAUUAGAUUUGUCACGUAAUAAACUUACUAGUCAGUGGAUUAAUAAAGGCACAUUUUUAGGAUUAUUGCGUAUGGUUAUACUUAAUCUGUCAUAUAAUAGAAUAAAUAGGAUAGAUCGUCAUAUGUUUCAAGAUCUGUAUAGUCUACAGAAAUUAAACUUGGAGCAUAAUGAAAUCACUGCCAUAGACGAGCAUGCAUUCGGAGAGUUGCGAAACUUGCACUCUCUUACACUUUCAAACAACAGACUUGUGCAUGUUCAUACUCACUUGUUCACUGAUUUACAUGUUUUGCACGAAUUAUUCUUAGAUAACAAUAAAAUAAAGCACAUUGAGGAAAACGCUUUCGAUAAUAUGACAGCUAUUGAAGAUUUGGGUUUAAGCGAUAACUUUUUGUCUGUUAUCCCUACCUCGAUACGAAAACUCCGAUCUCUAAGGUCCUUAGACAUCGGAAACAACAAUAUAACACAUUUGAAUCGCGAAAAUUUUAGGGGACUCUCUGAACUUUUUGGUUUACGUUUAGUUGAUAACAAAGUUACAUAUUUGAAUGAAGAUACAUUUGAACAUCUUCCUCAACUUCAGUUCCUUAAUUUAGCUUCUAAUAAAAUUAAGCACGUUGCACCUGGCUGCUUCAGAAAAAAUGUGAAAUUAAAACUGCUGAGAGUUGACGAUAAUGAGAUCUCGAAAAUAGAUGGAAUUUUCAGCACGUUAAAUAAUUUAGUUUGGCUUAAUAUGUCGGCAAACAAAGUUAUGUAUUUCGACUUUAGAAGCUUUCCUGACAGCCUCGAAUGGUUAAACCUUCACAAGAAUAAUAUCGAAAAUUUUGUUAAUGACGAUAUGUAUUCCAAUGUAAAUAUUAAACUUUUAGACCUUAGUUUCAAUAACAUAAGUGAAAUUGCUGUAACAUCCAUACCAAAAUCUGUUGAAAAACUUUACUUGAAUGACAAUAACAUUCAAAACAUUCAAGUCGGGUCUUUUUCUAAACUACAAAAACUAACAACUGUAGCGUUGAAUAAUAACAAACUAGUACAACUUGACAUGAACGCCUUUAGGUUAGAUCAAAUAGACGAAGAUAGUGACUUACCCGAGUUCUUUAUAAGCGGAAAUCCAUUUGUUUGUGACUGUUCAAUGGAAUGGAUUCAGCGCAUUAAUUAUUUGAGUCACAGUCGACAAUACCCGCGCGUGUUAGAUUUAGAUAAAGCCCUUUGUACGCUGGUCCAUUCGCGGGCCAAAGAAAAAAAGACGAUAAUAGAUAUGUCACCUUCUGACUUUCUCUGUCCGUAUGAGAGUCAUUGUUUUGCCUUGUGUCAUUGUUGUGACUUUGUUGCAUGUGACUGUGAAAUGAUUUGUCCAAAUAACUGUAGAUGCUAUCACGACAUAACUUGGAAUGCGAACGUAGUAGAUUGUUCGUACGCUGGUUAUACCGAAGUACCCGAACGAAUUCCAAUGGACGCCACUGAAAUAUAUUUAGAUGGAAAUCACAUCAGCCAUCUGGGAAAUCACGUGUUUAUUGGUAAAAAGAAACUUCAAGUCUUAUACUUGAAUAACACCAAGUUAAAAGAAGUAAAUAAUCAAACUUUUAAAGGUGUUGAUUCUCUCAGAGUCUUGCAUUUAGAAAACAAUAAGUUGGUAGAGUUGAAGGGGGAUGAAUUUCUUCAUCUUAAUAAUUUAAAUGAAUUAUAUUUGGACCAUAACGCUAUCGUGCAUGUUGCUAAUAACACGUUUUCUUCUUUGAAAUCUCUUUCAGUUCUAAGAAUCGACGAUAAUAAACUCGUCAACUUUUUUCCUUGGAAAUUAUUAGCUUCGUCUUCCAAAAGUUUGGCUCAUGUAUCUAUUGAAGGAAACCAAUAUUCUUGUGACUGUAAGAGUAUAGCAGAAUUAGAUUCGUGGCUUAGGAGGGAUCCGGGAGACCCGGAGAAAAUGUUGUGUACAGAUCCUGAAGGAAAACCAACUAAAAUAACCAUUGCUUCAGUAUUGAGUCAUUGUAAAGAAUAUAUGGGAUCAAUAGGAGACCCGACCGUUUCUAGAGAUGAGAUUGUAUCCAAAUCUAUAUUUCUUCCCGAUAAUUACUUUGCUGUCAUAUGCGGAGCGAUAAUUAUUAUCGUAGUGAUCCUUCUAAUAGGUGCUAUAUUUUACGCAUUCAGAUAUGAGAUUAGUGACUGGCUUUACACUAAAUACGGCGUACCAUUGUUCAAAGAACAGUCAUGCCCAAAUGUUGACCAUGUGUUGGAAGGUAUUCCGAAUCACAUGUAUGACUACUACGUGAUAUGUAAUACCAAAGAUACGAGUUUCGUAUAUCAUAAUAUAAUGUCCGAGAUAGAAUACAGAAAGAUGAGCACCAAAAAAUUUUCCCCUAAUGAAGCUUCUUUAAACAUUCUUACUUUAGAAAGCUUCUCAAAAUCAUCUAAAUUAUCUAAGCGUUUAAUUAUUGUUAUAACAACGAAUUUCAUUUGCAACGAUCUUUGCGAUAUUCAUUUUAAAAAUCUAUUUUUUAGUUAUUUAAAAUCUCUGAAUCGUAGCGACUUGAAUAAAGUAAUAUUUAUCAAAGUCCUCGAGAACAAUCAAAUGAGCGAGGAAUUGUGUUUUGUGUUGGAUAAAUACAAGAAUGUAUCUUGGAACGACCCACGUUUUUGGGACAGAUUCAUCGCUUUACUCAAUUGUACUGACACUAUUAUCACAGUAAAAGGCUCUGAGAAGAGUGUAUUCAAAAAGUCGUUACGUCAGACUCCGACGUUGAGAUAUACUACAAUGCCGGUCUCAAACGAUAGUUGCUCAAAGCAGAAUUUUACAAACACCUUACAGUAUUGUAAGAGGAACGAAGGGGAAUCAUCUCAGAAUGAAAGUUCUCCGUCAUCGGACAACAACACGUACGGGGAAGGGAACAAUUCGAACAAUAGCUACAUGUCGAUAGACAACAGAACUUGUCCACGGUUUAAUUAUGACCUGAGGCUGUCCCCUAGCAGUGGUCACGUAUAUUCUAGGGUAGAUGAUAUUUCCCCGACUGUACCGCGCUCUAUUACCAGCAAUGCUUCUAGUAAGGGGCGCACGUACUUUGUUUGAACCAUAGAAUUUCAAACAACUCCUGUGGUUUUAAUAUUAUUGCCGUUAUCUAAUAUUCCAGUAAGUUUUUAUUUUUCCUUUUAUUUGCACUAAAACCUGCACUUAUAAAAUUUCAUACACGUUUCGUAAUUUAUUAAUUUAUAUUAUUGUAAAUACAUUGUUACUUAUUGUCGUACUUACAUUUUGUCAAUUUUCACAUACGUAAUGUAAUCAUUACUGAAGUCGAAACGUUUUUACAAGAAUACAAGUAUUUUAAUGAAACAAUAUUUGUACAAAGUUUGUGUGAAAAUGUUGAGUCUGAUUGUGGUAACAUUUUUCAAAUAUUAAAAUUAUUAUUAAUUGUAUUGACAUAGUUUAUUGAAACUGUGAAAUGUCACAGAUCAGUCACUGUAAUGCAACACCAAAUAGCUUAAGAUUUUUAACGUAAUUCUCAUACUCACAAUUAUAUUAAUGUGGAUAGCUUUAUUUAUAAAAGAAAGUAAUUUACAUUUUCUUGAAUUCAUUCAAAAGUCUUAGUAUUAUUUUAUUCACAUUUUAUUAUUCAAAGUUUUAUUAUUUAUUCUGGAUCAAAAUUAAACAGUCAAUUUAUCCAAAUGUUGUGUUUUAGUA